AUGAUAAGGAAAGAACAUGACACAACAAUUAAGAUCUCUGGUGAUUUUAUUAACAUAAAUCAAAUAAAGGCAAAGUUUGGUAGACUUAAUACUGAUGGCAGGGUAAUAGAGAAAGUUGGUUUAACAGUCCCAAAUCCAACAAUGCUACAAGAUGAUCCAUUAGCUACACUAACUGGAGAGGCAUCAGUCGAUCCAACUCUUGCUGCCAAUAUAACUGCUGCAACCACAGCUAAAGCAGCAUGUGAUUCCCUCCAUACUGCUUAUGCAAAUAAGUCGCAAACUCGCAUAUUCAGCUUACGAGAUCGCCUUUCUCGUCUCACCAAAGAGAGCUUUCUUGUCACGGACUAUCUCAAUGAAGUCCGUUCUCUCUAUGAUGAACUUCCGACCACAGGAGAACCUAUCACCAACUCUGAACUCAUUGUCAAGAUUCUUACUGGGCUUGGAGCAGAAUAUCGAGAAAUCUCAGUAGUAGUUAGAGCACAUUUUCCUCAAACACAUGCUCUGCCUCACACAUCCACUACAAUCAUUACUGCUGUUGCUCAAAAGACCAACUCUCAAACAAGGACCAACACCAUUACAAACAAUAGGAGUCAAAACAACAACCAACAGAAUCGUUCUCAGCCAUGGAGCAACCGUCAUGCCAAUCAGCAAGACAACAACUUAGUGUGCCAGUUAUGUAACCGCAUUGGACACUCUGCUCAGCAACCUACACCAUGGAUAGUCGAUACAGGAGCUACACACCAUGUUGCAUCAGAUGCACAAAGUCUCACAACCAUUAAUGACUACAAUGGUCCAGAAGAAAUCGCUAUGGGAAAUAGUAACACCAUACCAAUUUCUCACACUUGUUGGGUUGAGUAUGAUAUUUCACCCUCAGACGGAUGGGCAUUCUGA